AUGACGGAACGCACCACUGUCCAUGUGUCGGGAAUCUCAUCCGCCACCACUGAUAAGGAGGUCAAGGACUUCUUCAGCUUCUGCGGAAAAAUCACUUCGAUCUCUGUGACUCCAGUUUCUGGUGAGAAGGAUGCGGCCAAGUCCGCAACGGUGACGUUUGAGAAAGAAGCAGCAGCAAAGACCGCUUUGCUUCUCGAUCAAACCCAAUUGGGACCCUCCACAGUGCAAGUUUCCGCUGCUCACACUAUUGACGAGAUCGCUGGAGACCAUGUGGCCACAGCCGGAGAGGCCAAGGACGAGAAUAACCAGGACCUCGAGCAAGAGGACAAGCCCAAGUCCCGGAUUGUUGCAGAGUACCUUGCCCACGGCUAUGUGAUUAGCGAUAAUGCCAUCCAGAAGGCCAUUGCCCUGGACAAGAAGCACGGCUUUUCUUCCCGUUUCACAUCGGCCCUGGCCAACUUCGACCAGAAGUACCAUGCCACCGAUCGUGCCAAGGGGAUUGAUGAAAGCUACAAGAUCACCGACAAGGCAGCCAGUGGCUGGCGCGGUCUCCACUCAUACUUUGAGAAGGCUUUGGAUACCCCUUCUGGCCGGAAGCUCCGCGAGUUCUACGUGCAGACGGACAAGCAGGUGCGGGACAUCCACAACGAGGCCCGCAGACUUGCAGACUUGAAGAGUGGAAAGCAGACAGAGGAUGCUCCUGCUGCGGCUGGUGCAGAGGGUGCCAACGUUGCUCCUAGCGCUGCGCCGACAUCGCAACCGGCGGGUGCUGCAGCCCCCGCUGAGCCCAAGGCGUGA